CCCUGCCCCUUGAGGAAGGACGUCGCCGGGGACAGGGGCAAGCGCCGAGCGCCCCCGCGUACAGGGGUCCGGGGCGCCGGCGGCCGCUGGUCCUCCGCGGCCAGACCCCUCCGCGCCGGCGGCCGUCCCGCUGCCCCGCGGACGCGGGGGGGCCUGCCGUGGCCCGGAGCGCCGGAGCCGUCCCCUGCUGGCCUGGGGCCUGACCGCGGGCGCGACAAGGAAGUCCCUCACGGCAGAACCCAACUUGAAUGGGUGUUUUCUUUGCCUCUGCAGCGCAGCUGGGUGCUGCGAAGGUGGGGUGGGAGGAACCUGUCUAAAAAUAGAGGAUUGUGAAAACUGGUCUAGUGCGUGUUAUUGGUAAAAAUUACCCAGAAUAGGGAGGCACUGCAACUAAGGAGCAGCGAGCAUUCUCCUCUGUACGAGGGUCUACAGCCAUUCAAGUAUUGUGGAAGGUCCCCAACCGAAGUUAAAAUGCCACAAUUCUUACCCUAAGUAAGGCCUUUCAACUGAGGAGUUCAGGGCAUUCUUCAAAACUCUUGUACCACCCAGAGACUUGUUGCUCCAACUGGGCUUAAAUCAUUUGCCUAAUAUCAUUUGGAGGAGAGGUUAGUAAAGGGAUCACUAUCCCUUUUAACCUCUGACAGACUGAAAAUAAUUCGGAAAACUAAAAAGGAGGAAUUGUAUAAGCAGCCCUCUAAAAGAAGUGCGUGCCCUGGAGGUAUUAAAGGUUUGUGGUUCUGCAUUAGGCCCUCCUCUUUAUCAGCUGUGGAGGAAUGAGAGUGGAAAAAAAAAUGGAGCCCCAAGUCAAAUAUGACCACAGGGUGCUUGGCUGGAGAACCUAAAUAUUACAGCUAAGGCUGCUUUAUAAAUCUGGACGAUCAUUUCUGUGUAGGUCAGGAGGAAGCAAAGUCCCAGGGCAGGCUGUACGCUAAAUAUGUUAUUUCAGUCACCUGCAGUUUCGGGGGUUGGGAGGAAGUUGCUGUUUUCUUCCCCAUUUGAGACAAAACUGAGGUUUAGAGAGUAUGAGGAGCUUGCCCAAGAACAUUCAGGAGAGAAUGAAUGAUACAGACCCAAGUAUGUUUGUAACUAAUGUAGAACCUUUAACCUGUUGGAAUUGGGACUAGCUCUCUGACCCCUUGUUUGGGGUUUGCUGGUUUGCUGAUGGGUCAUUUUGCAUUGUGAAUUCAGCAGCCCCCUCCCAAAGUAUUAGAGGCUGUACGCCAGUUUUUCCCAUUCUCUUGUCUCCCAAUUAAGUAACCGUCUCAGAGAAGUUUGGGAUAUCAAAAAACGCCAGCUUAGAUUCAGUCCCGCUAACUAGGUCCAUCUAUAGAAAACAAUUGGAUAAUUAAUGUUUCAGUCAGCUAGUUGUGACAGAAAUGGUAGACCACAGCAGACCUCCCUUUUCCCCUUUAAUGAUUUAUUUUUCUUGUUACUGUCACCAUUUAACUUCCCUAAAAAAAAAAAUCUCCUUUUUAAUGUUGCUUUUUGACUGUCAGCUCCAUUUGUUGCCCCUCCUGGUAGUCAUUUGCGAGUACUACUAGACCUACCUUUAGGAUCCAUCCCGGUCUGACUACUUCUCACCUCCCUCAUUGCCUUCAUUCUUAGUUCAAGUGAAGAUUUGACAAGUGAUGGUGACAUUAACAAUCACCAAGUCUGGGGAAAAAGCAUCAUCAGAGGGUGGUGAUUCCACUGAAGCAACUACCAAACCAAAGAGAAGUUUUUAUGCUGCGAGGGACCUGUACAAAUAUCGACAUCAGUACCCACAGAACUUCAAAGAUAUCCGAUAUCAAAAUGACUUGAGUAAUCUUCGUUUUUAUAAGAAUAAAAUUCCAUUUAAGCCAGAUGGUGUUUACAUUGAAGAAGUUCUAAAUAAGUGGAAAGGAGAUUAUGAAAAGCUGGAGCACAACCACACUUAUAUUCAAUGGCUUUUCCCCCUGAGAGAACAAGGCUUGAACUUUUAUGCUAAAGAAUUAACUACAUAUGAAAUUGAGGAAUUCAAAAAAACAAAAGAAGCAAUUAAAAGAUUCCUCCUGGCUUAUAAGAUGAUGUUAGAAUUUUUUGGAAUAAAACUGGUUGAUAAAACUGGAAAUGUUGCUCGGGCUGUUAACUGGCAGGAAAGGUUUCAGCAUCUGAAUGAGUCCCAGCACAACUAUUUACGAAUCACUCGUAUUCUUAAAAGCCUUGGUGAGCUUGGAUAUGAAAGUUUUAAAUCUCCUCUUGUAAAAUUUAUUCUUCAUGAAGCCCUUGUGGAAAAUACUAUUCCCAAUAUUAAACAGAGUGCUCUGGAGUAUUUUGUUUAUACAAUUAGAGACAGGAGAGAGAGGAGAAAGCUCCUGCGGUUCGCCCAGAAACAUUACACGCCUUCAGAGAAUUUUAUCUGGGGGCCACCGAGGAAAGAACAGUCAGAGGGGGGAGGCAAAGCCCAGAAGAUGCCUGCCCCUCCCACCUCCGGUCACAUCAGUCAAACUUCUAUGCACAAAAAAUCCAAGGACUCCAAAAAUUCCUCCUCAGCUGUUCAUUUAAAUGGCAAAACAGCCGAAGAAAAAAAAGCGGCACCUGGAGGGCCAGGAGAGGAGAAAGACAGGCCUAGUGCAGAGCCCAGCGGUGAAGCUACCAAGCCGAGAAACACAGAGGACAGUAAUGGCGAAAAUUCAAAUUCUGAACUGGAAAAAACAGUCACCAGUCCCACUGAGCAGAAGGAGAGUACAGCUUCUCCUGAAAAAGAGGAGGAUGGCGACAGUCAUAGCAAAGACCCUGAAGAUCCUGGAACUGCUGAUGCUCCCGAUGAUGGACAAUCAAAGUGAAUUAUCAGAGAACCCACACCCCAGCUUAGGUAAGGGAGGAGGAACUGUACAGGGUCUCCUGAAGAGCGGAGGGCACAUUGCAAAUUUUCCCCAUCUGUUUUUGAUUUCCCAAAACUUUUUUUGCUGGUUUUUCAUUUUGGAUGACAAUGAAUUUAAUCUUUAGUAAGAAGUUUUAAGCAAGACCCAAUAAACGAAUGUAUUCUGUAAUGCUUUUAGGAUGUGACUUUUCAAAUUCUGUACCCAAUGAUUGCUUUGAAGUGAUUUUCAAUGUAUCUGGGAAUAAUCAUGUAGUAUGUCAUGUACCAAAUAAAUUCCUUGGGAGAUUACAGUCUACAUGAAGAAAAGCAAAGGGACGAAUUUCGUUCUGUUGCCAUGCUUUUUGCCAAUUUAUGGAUUUAUUUCUUAAGCUGGAAAAACAGUUUGGUCAUUUCAGAUCUAUUCAUAGAGUAAUUUGGACUCGUCAUUACAACACCUUAAUAUGUUUAUUUUUAAAUUCUGGUAUGUGAGAUUUAUGUUCUUGGGGAGCUAUAAUCUCCCAGCCCAUUUCGCGUCCUCACUGCCCUUGCCUGUUUCCCUCUCUCUGCACUUGCCCUCACUGGCCAGCUUUGUCAGCCAGCAUGUGUGUUUCUCGGGUAUGUUCAGGUGAUCCCCUGUACUCAAAUUUAAAUGGAACAGAAAGGCACUUUUCAGCUGUACGAUCAUCAAGAAUUUGCUUUCUUAAAAUAAUAAAAAUGUCUUUCUAUGUUAAAUGCUUAAAAACAAAUUUUGAUGCAAAAGUCCAAGAGAAAGAUUUUGCUUUUAUGGCUGUUCCAUAUAAAUUUGGUGCCUGUGUCUAAAUGCAAAUGACUAAAGAAUUAAAAAAUAAGAAAAGAAAUUACUCAUUUUUAAAUGGCAUGCUUCUUAACGCUGUCAACAAGGUAGUGGUCCCUAAUCCUUGACUAUCUCAGUGUUCUGUGGGCUAUGAAAUUAAUAAUAGUACUUAGUCCAGAGUAUCUUUAAAAAAAAAAAACAAUUUGUUGUAUCUCUAAGUUGUGAAACCUCAAAAUUGAGAAUAGAUUUGAAAUUCCAUAUCCUCAGGUUUAGCAAGCACUUGAUGUUUUGAUACUGGUUAAGAGGAAGUAAUUUUAUUUCCUCUACUACUAUUAUUAAUUAGUACUACAAAUCGGAAAAUAAUCAGAAAUGCAGGGCUGAGAACUUCAAAGCAUGCGUACAAAUAGUUAAAGCAAUUAAUAGAAAAAAAAUUCACUUUCAUUUAGAGCGGAAUUGGCUUUUUUGUAUCUCUUGUGCUUUUAGAUUCACUUUAACCACCAGAGAAUUUUUAUUAUGUUCUAUUUGUUAGUCAUAACAUACCAUCUUCUGUUACCUUUAUGAUCAGGGGAUUUCCAGCCAAAGAUUUCUAGAGAAUAUAUCAACAGUAUGCCUUUAGAAAUACUUUAUUGCUUUGAAGUUUACAUGAAACAUCACAUUUGCUCAAACUUGACUUUUUAAAUACAAAUAUUAGAAACAACUUGUAUAUCAUAUUCCAAUUAAUCUAGAGUAUUUUCUCAUUUUUGGUUCCCAUAACAUCCCAGUUUUUGCUUUCUAUUGUUUGUGAAGUGAACAUAAAGAUUUGGGGAAACAAUUCUGCUUUUGCAUUUCAGUUUCGUUUUUGUAUGGACCCUCUAUUGUGGUGCUUGUAGCAAUGUCCCCAUAGAGAUGAUAAACAGUUUUCAGGGUUAGACGGUGAGAGUAGUUGUCACAUUGAACUGAAUUGUAGGAACAUGAUUAAUUCAAAAUAUCUUACCAAUUCUGAAUACAUGAUAAAGCAUUCAGACUGCUUUCUAAGUGUAUAAUACUAAAAAUUUGUGAUCAGAUAUUAAAAUAUUUUAAAAAAACAGUGGACAGAGACAAAAAUAAAUGGAUAUAAUCUGAAUGUCUUGGAAACUGAGCCCUUACAGGUAAAACAUUUCAUUCAACAAUUUAACUUUUAGAAUAUUAUUCCUAAUUAGGGGUUUGAUUAGAUUGUGCCAAUUAAUUAGAGAAGAUUUAGUCUCAAGGGAAAAACUGCCUGGCUUCCAUUUAAAACAGUGGCCUUUUCCCAUUAUUAUUUUUAAGAUCCAUAUUCAUAUGUAACAGUAUGAUUCCUCCAUUUAAUCUGCAAAUAUUUUAUGAGAGAAUUCUUCAGUAGAGAACAAGUGAGGGGAUGUCAUUCCUUUUGCAAAUAAAAACUGAGUGUCUAAAAUUUUUUUUCUAUAAAGAAUACUUUGUACAAUUAAUAGUUUUUUAAAUAAGAUCUAUAGAUACGUAUUUAUGUGGGUCUUAAAUAUGAAACAGCCCUCUGGGUUUGACGCUGAUGUUUUGUAUUUUGAAAAACUACCAUAUGCUUGCAGAAAUUUAUUAAGAAGCUGUUUUAAAAAUGCAGUGAAGCAUGGCCAAAUAGCUAGAAACAUUAUUGAAUCUUUGCAAAUAUAUAGACUUUAUUAUUGCACCUUGGAUUGCGAGAAUAUAAACAUUGGCUAUUGAUAAAAUAUUAAAUUGCAUUUCAUGGCAAAUAGAUGUUAUAUCGCUUGGUUAGUCUAGUACAUUUCUAAUAUUUUGUGCUUUCAUAUCUCUAAGGGGAUAAUAUAUGUGAAAGUAUUUUGAAAUACUGUAAAGUGAUAUAUAAUAUAAGAUAUAUUUCUGUACAGUAGAGAGAAGUUUAUAACAUUAAGAAUAUUGUAUCAUUAUACAGUUUCAUGCUCAAUCUCAUAAGGAACUCAGAAGAAUCAUGAUAGAAGUGAAAAUGUGUCUGCUUUCUCUAAAUCAGGUCUAGUUCUCAGUUCAAAAAUUAUUUUGUAUAGUUUUAUUUUGAAUUUAGGUUUUGAGACUACUUUUUUCAGCUUCAAGUAGAAAAUAAAAUAUACAACUCAGGAGUUACUAGAGAAGUUCUAAGAUUUUUUUUGCUAAGUAUUAAAAAUAUAAAUGUAUGAAAAUGUCAUUUAACAGCUAUCAUUGUCAUUAUGUUUCAUGUUUUGUUGUAUAGAAUUAUCUACUUUGCUUCUAGCUUUUAUGUUUUAAUCUGAGUGAAAAUAUGAUCUGGUGAAAAAGGAAAAACAGUGCCAGUGUUCUGAGUUACUAUUCAAAAAACCAUUUUAGUAGGUAAACUCUAUAUCAAGUGGUCAAAACUGGUUGAACUGAUAGAGACUAUUUGGUUAGAGUUAAAUUUCCCUUUAAAAUAGAGUUAUGGUUGAGUUUAUACUCUCUUGAGUAACUAAAUCAACCAGGUUCUUUGUGUUUCUAUAAUUGAGGUUCUUCUAGAAGCUAUAUUUUCUAACCUGAGAAAAGGACAUUCUUGAUUUUACUUGAACGUAGCUUCGUCUACGAGUCUUUCAUGUCUGUCUGGGCUGAGUGGGGAUCCUUUGUUAUAGGAAUGGUUUUGAAGACUUCUAAUUUGUUUCCCACCAAGAGAAUUCCAGAGUAUGGGUCAAUCAGGGUCAGUGUAGGAUCUAGAACAUUAGCAGUUACAUAUAUUGGCUUCUUUUGACUUUUUUCGUAGUGUUUAGGACAUGAACAGAUUUGUGUGGGGGUAAUCUCUAGAGUGACAGUGAGUACUACCGUGCCUCCUUCCCUGUUCUAGUUAUCCAGCCCACCCAGCAGAUUGUGUUCAGGGACAGGCUGUGUUUUUAAAAAUCCCUUAUUACUGAAGUUAAUAAUGAUAUAGUUAUAAAUAUGAAUGCCUGGAGGUGUCCAGAUGUGCCUUAACUAAUGUAAAUGGUUCUCAUUCAGAAGUUUAGAUUUUUACUCCAUUGUAAAAUCUUGCCGUGAGGAACUUUCCAAACCAUGAAUAUCACUAUUUUACUGAAUUUACGUUGGUGCUUUUUCAUUUUGGAGAAAUUUCCCUUUGUGACAGUAGCAUAGGAAGUGUACUUGCUACAGUGUUCAACAAUGUCAUUUAUUUGACAGAAAUUGUUUACAGUAAGAAAGAUUAACUACAUUGGUACACUUGUUUAUGUUCUUGCUGGAUUUUGCUACAUGCUAUGAUUUUCAUUUUAAACAUUACUCAGUUACUACAAGUAAUAUUUAUCGGUAUUUCACUCUUUUCUUUGCUGCAGAUGGAUGAAGAAAAUGGAAAUAUAUUAGAGAAUUAUUUAGAAGUGUAACUCCAGUAGAUGGUCAGAGGAAUCUGAAACUAAUUUUCUUAUUAGAAACAUUUAAAAAGCACUGUUUUUGCUUUUUUUUCCUAGAUUAGAAUCUUCUUUGUCAUCUGCUUUUUUUCCUGAUCUGUUCAGGAAAAAUAACUAAUUUUAGUUAUUUGUGGGAAAUAGCUUCUUAAUGUGUUUGUUGCUUGAAUUGAAGUUUUCAUGUGGAGGAUACAAUUAAGUGUUUGUUUUAUGGCUCAGACUGUGCCUGGAAGUAGAAUCGAGAAUGGGGACUAAGAAUCAGGUGGGCGUCUUGGUACAGUGGAGCCAGCACUGAGUUCCAGUCUCUCCAAAGGCAUGAUGGGUCCUCAGAGCUUCCUCGGAAUCACGAGGGUGUUGAGCCCCACUAUCCUUGACUUCUGAAGAAUGUGGAAUAACUUGGACUCCAAAUACAAUUUUAAUAGGUAUCGAUUUUCACAAACUAUAUUAUAAUUUAUUACCAUUUUGUAGUUGUUUAGGAAAUUAUGAGCAAUUGGACACCUCCUAUGUAAAUCGUAGCUGAAUCUUUAUAACCAUCUUGGGAAACAUCAGAAUACCAUUUCUGCCUACCCCUCCUCCCAGUUCUUCAAUCAAAAAUUCUUUUGGGUUGUUCUUUCAUAGGAUAAAUACUAAAAAGUUUUUAUAAAAUGACUCUGUAUUUUAAAAAUGAACUGAAAGGGAAGAGACAUUGAUGCCUACUUGUAAGGCUUGAAGACCUUGUUAAAAAAAAAAAUCAGAAACCUCAUGAAAAUAUAUUUAAGCUAUGAAGUUCAUCAUAUUUUCAUUUUUAAAUUAUAGCAGAGUUUAUGGAACAGUUUACAUUUACAUUACAGAGAGAUUAGUUAUAUAAUAAUCUUGACCCUAAGAUAUUUUCAAGUUCUGUACUCAUUGGUCAAAUGGGCAUUGAUUUUUUUCGGGGCUAAUUUAGUUUCAGGUGAAGAAAAGGAAAACACAAAUGGAACAAAAGAUUAGAAACAGUAACAAGAAACUUUCUACAGAAAUAAAGAUAAAACCAAUGAUGAGUUUGCACAAGUGACAGAAUUAUUGGGAGCAGAUGAGGAAUGAUCUAUAAAAGCUUUAUGGUACGGAUGUGAUUUCAGAAUUAGCUCUAUGUUAUUUUUGCCUAGGAGAUAAGGGAUUGGUGUGCAAACAGAAUCCCAUUAAUACUCUCAUCUGAACCAUGACUUCCACCCACUCCAUGGUAGAAUGAAACAUUUCAGUAGAGGGGGUAGAAGUAGACAUGAUCAGGUACCAAGUUUAAUUUCUUUGCCAGUGUCUAUCAAUAGUUGGUGGUUUUACUAACCAAUUAAACUGAGGGACUGGCUGAGAUAGGAUUCGGUAAUAAGAUUGUCUAGAAAUGAAGUAACAAACUCCCAUAAAAGAGUUGACAUCAUAUUAAUUGUGUGGCAUUAAAAUUAAGAGAAAGAAGUGAGAGCAAAGCAUUAGCUGAUCCUUUGAUAAACAUGUAUUUUCAUUUUUAUAAAAAGACAAUUUACUCCCUUUUCCUGAAUAAGCUAUUGGCCUUUCAUUAGUAUUACCUAAGAAGAUAGAUGGCCAACUGGGUCCUGGCACUAUUUUACUUUGGAAACUAGUGUCCUUUGUAUUUUAGGUACUUCAGGAAAAUGGGUAUGAUUCCUAAAAAGAUGUGUGGUUUACUUCCCAUGUAAGCUCUCACUGUCCAGCAGCCACUGGGUCUUUUCUGUGCUCUGUAUUCUACUGAAGUAUGAAUUACAGAACGCUGUGCAUGUCUGUUAGUACCAAUACCAUGUGUGUGUGGUAGGAGUUGUAACCAGUUUCUGGAUCUGUAUGGUACUAUGAAACACUUGUUUUAUAAUUCUAUAAUUGUAUGGCAGUGUUAUGCCAAAAAUGUAUAAAGAACAAUAGUUUCUGUUGCCGACUGCUGUAUUUUAAAAUAUGGUUUCUGAAAUAAUAUAUUUAGAGUUCCUUUAGAGUAAUUAUUUUUAAAAACUAUUGCCAAAUACACAUCCUGUAAAACGAAUAAAAGCCACUUCAUCUUGGUUAACAUUUUAGCAUUAUGUUAGAGUACAUUAUAUUGAUUUUGCACGAUUAAAAUAUUUUUGAGGAGCUGGAACAAAUGACUUGCUGUUUUUCUAUGAUUGGACAUAUUUUUAUGAUGAUCAUAUGAGAUCCACAGUAUUUCCUUUCAUGUUGCAAAAUAAAUAUUUUAUUUUGAAGGGUGAAAUCUUAUUUACAUAUGAAGUUAUUUUUGUUGCAAGAUUUCGGAGGGCAGAUCGCAUGUGUAAAUACUUGGAUGUGUAUUGUUUCUUUUUUUGCUUUUCUCUGUUUAAAAAGUAUAUUGAACCCAGAUAAAUGAAAAUGAAUAAUUAAUGGAGAUGACAUUUCUUCACCAAAGAGGCUGGUCUUUUUAAUAAGUCUUUUUAGUAAGAGGAUAGUUGGCCCACAAGGUUACAUUAGUUUCAGGUGUACAACAGAGUGAUUCAGUUUCUGUGCAUGUCAUGCUCAGAUCAUUACAAGAGUAGCUACCAGCCGUCACCAUAUAACGCUAUUACAACAGCAUUGUAAAUAAGUCAAAAUUUUGACUAAGGAAAAUGCAGUUGUGAGGUGAAAUGAAGAGGUUGCUCUAGAUACCAUGGGACCGUGUGGAUGAAGAUGAAGAGGGGCUUUGCUGCACUGAUCUAGACAGGCAGGAAAAGGGAGGACAAAAGAACUAAGAAUAGACUGUGGUAAGAGUCAGAAUGAAAUGACAUUGUGCAUAAUUGAAAAACGGUUAGGGAAAAAAAAUAACAGCCACAGUGGUGAGUGAGCAUGAUUUUAACUGCAGCCUUUGGGAUGAAUUGUUUAGUAGAGAGGAAUGGAUGCAAUUACCUUCGUGAGGGAAGAAUGGGCACAUUCUGGUGAUAGAAAAUAGAGAAGUUUUCUUUCCCCUAAAUGUUGAAUGGCUGUAGGCAAUGUGAAAUCCUAAGAGACUGGAGAGUCUCAGUAUAGUGAGAAAUUCAAGACUGAGUCUGCAUUUCUUUAAGAGCAUAAAAUUUAAUAUGGGAGAGAAUUUGAAGAGAAGAUUUGUAACAUGUUCCUUAUUUUAAACCUCAAGUGGAUGCACAGCAGGCAAGCUGGUGUUCCAGGGAGGGAAGGAAAUCCCAGCCUGGAUAAAAGUAGUGAUGGGCAGUUUGGCUUCUUGUAGGUGAUUUUACGCUUUGGCGAUUGUGACUAAGGGGCUGAACUGACAGAGGGAACAUUAAGGAUUAUCCUGCCCUUGGGAUUAUCCCUGAGAAAAUGUUGGAUUAUUGGAAAAGCACUUUAAAAUAGGUUCCUAAAAACAGGGAUUAGAGAGCCAGCAUGGAUUUGACUUGACUUCUCAGAAAGACGGGGUUUACUAAGGAAUUUUGCUAUACCACCCUACUAUUUUUAUAACCUUGGUGUAUAUUUAACACUACCAAUGAAUAUAUAAAUAUCUUCUUGUCAAAUGGCAUAUAACAUUUUUGUUGUGAUUGAAAUAGCCUGUUUUCUCAACUCUCGAUUUUGGAAAAGGAAGAAUUUAGAGGAAGAAGAAUAAACAAGGGGUGGAUGAUGUGAACCAAAUGAGAUCUGACAGUUUACCUUAGAAUGCCGAGCUUGUUUGAGAUCUUUGAAUGGAUGAUUUGACUCUUGUCAGAAAGAGAAGUUCAAGAAAAAGCCCCGAAGGAGUAAAAAGUGAGGGGUAAGAUGUAUUUUGUUUAAUGGAGCAAAGCUGACUUUCAGGCCAGAGACUUGGAUCUGUGCGACAAAACCAUCACUUACAGGUGGCUGUGGGGCUUUGGACAAGUCCUGUAAAUUCUCAGGGUCUUUGAUCUCUCAUUGGAAUGGCAGCUAUUUUGUGUUUCUUGAAAGGAUUAAGUGUGGGUUAAACAUGAGGGACUUAUUCAAGAUACUCCUUUACUGUGGCUCCUAGUAUUCUAGGAAAAAAUGCAAUGUUUGGUCAUGACAUGUAGAAUGUAUCUCAAUGGAAUUCAAUCUACUCUAAUUUAUGUUUAUCAGACUUACAGAUAGAGACAGAUAUUUUUAGUAUAGUUUUUACUAAAAAAGCUGGUAGGUAUGGAAUUAAUGAUUUUAUGUUUAAUAUACUGGUAUGAACAGUAUAGAAAAUUUCCCUCACUGUGAAUAUAAUGAAUGUACAAAAGAGCCCUUUAUUACUUCCGUAAUUUUUUUGAAUUGGUUUCCCUUUUUUGCCAAGAAUGAGCUGGACUAUGAGGCAGAGCUGAAGCCCUUUGAUCAGGAUCAGGAGAAGAUCUAGUUUAUUUUAGGAUACUGUCAGUUCUGAUUUUUAUCAAAAGCAGAAAAUUUUGAUUUCAAA